AUGAGCCAACAAGCUCCUGAAAGCGAGGGCUUGCAGGUUGAUACUCAUGCUCAGCAAGCUGCCAAAGCCCCCGAGUUUGUUCCCUACAGUCAAAAUGCCUACGGUCAAAAUGGCCAGGAUCACGUUCCCGAAUAUGAAGCUCCGACUUCAAAGGGACAAAGACCUCCAUUUGGUCUAGGACUGUGGGCAUUUGCUGGACUUGUCGCGUUAUUGACAGCCGUCAUUGUUGGUGCUGGAGUAGGUGGAGGACUUGGCGCUGUUUUGAAGAACAAGUCGAGCGAUUGCCAAGAAGAAACUGCGUCUGCAUCAUCUCCGGCCAACGUAGAGCCGACCUCAUGUCCAACACAGAGCAAUAGCACAUCCGACAACGAUACAGCCCCAUAUGUUCCGAAACCUCCUUCUGAAGUAACAGCUCUGCGAUUGACAUGCCCCGACGACAAGCGGAACGAGACAAAGUACAAGUCGCACAAGGGUUACGAAUUCAGGUGGUGGUGUGGCGUGGACGCGCCAGAGGGUCAGAAGUCAAAGGAAGGUGGUGACAUCUAUGACAUCCCUAUUUUCUCUUACACAAUUGGCGACUGUAUGGAAGCUUGUGCCAAUAUGUAUAAAAAGGGCUCGGAUAACAAAAUCGAGACGAAUUGCAGGAGCAUUGUCUUUUCAAUGAGAAUGGCUCGGUACUUCGAUGAUCAUAACGCAAAUUGCUUUCUAAAGAACGGGUCAAAAGCUGUAGGUAGCAAGUGGACUUUCGACGACGAGUACUUUGCUUAUGCAGAGAUUGUGACUUAG